AUGAUUGCCAGAUCAAUGAUAAACAAGCCACUUCCAGUCAUGUUAAGAACUUCUUUGCUUCAUCGUCAGUUGAGAGGUAUCAGGCUACCAGCUGUUUUUAGUUCCAGUAAGUUUGCGAAGUACAAGUUAAUCCCACCACCUCCAGGCGGAGUUACCGGAAACGUAAACGAUAACUUACCAAAGACAGAACCGAAUUGGUUCCAUGGGUCGUAUCACUGGGAUUAUGAACGUAUCACUGCAGUGUCGUUAGUUCCUUUGACAAUGGUUCCUUUGUAUGGAGCUAUGUCUUCUGCUACCUUUGCAUCAGGUUUCCCCUUCCCAGUGAUUGAUUCUCUAUUGGCCAGUACAAUACUAAUACAUGCGUACUUAGGUAUAACAAGUUGCAUUAUUGACUAUAUCCCUAAGAGAAAAUUCGGAUUCUGGCACAAGGCUGCUAAAUUCGCUUUGGCACUUGGAAGCUCCUUCAGUCUUUACGGAAUUUAUGUUUUAGAAACGGAAAAUAACGGACUAAUAGAUUUGGUCUCUACUCUUUGGGAUAAAGAUAAGGGGGAUUCGAGAGCAUAUGUAUUUGGAAGGUUUUAG